GCUGUGUGCGUGCUAAUGACGGUGAAGGUGCCUGGGGGAGGGCCUCGGAAGGGGCUGCCCAGCGCAAUCGCGCCCCUGGCACUUGCUAAGAGAUUCUCAGCCCUUUCUCUGCAGCUGCCACUUGAAGUCUCCACGCUUUCUCUCCAGAGGAAAGAAGCCAUCUAUCUAAAUCAGCUGUGUCUCUGCGUCUCUCCUUUCUCCCUCCGCCAGCCGCCACCCCCACCCCUUCCAUUGUGUUGUGCGUUUAGCUCCGCUUCCUGCGUGAGACCCUAACCUCUUGUAGCAGCAGGCGUUACUGAGGGUUUCGGAACGUCGAGUUGCAAUGGAGCUGUACGGAAAGAUGGCCUCUUCCCAAGAUGCCAGGUAUGGCCAGAAAGACUCCUCUGAUCAGAACUUUGACUACAUGUUCAAAUUGCUCAUCAUUGGCAAUAGCAGUGUGGGGAAAACAUCUUUCCUGUUCCGUUAUGCAGAUGACUCCUUUACAUCUGCAUUCGUCAGCACAGUUGGGAUCGAUUUCAAAGUAAAAACUGUAUUCAAAAAUGAAAAGAGAAUCAAGCUUCAGAUUUGGGACACAGCAGGCCAGGAAAGAUACAGAACUAUCACCACAGCCUAUUAUCGUGGAGCCAUGGGCUUUAUUUUGAUGUAUGACAUCACAAAUGAAGAAUCCUUCAAUGCGGUACAGGACUGGUCAACUCAAAUUAAAACAUACUCUUGGGAUAAUGCCCAGGUUAUCCUGGUUGGGAACAAAUGUGACAUGGAAGAUGAGCGGGUCAUCUCAACGGAGAGAGGCCAACAUUUAGGAGAACAGCUUGGGUUUGAAUUUUUUGAAACAAGUGCCAAGGAUAACAUUAAUGUCAAGCAGACAUUUGAGCGUCUUGUGGAUAUCAUCUGUGACAAAAUGUCAGAGAGUUUGGAGACGGAUCCGGCCAUCACUGCCGCAAAGCAGAACACAAGACUCAAGGAAACCCCUCCUCCACCACAGCCCAACUGUGGUUGUUAAUGUCCCCACAAAGGCAGUUCUGCGGGGCGGGGGGCACAUCACCAACCAACAGCAUUUAUAAAUGGUUGAUUAACCUUCAUUUAUACUGCCUAAUAAUUAUUUGAGGGAAAUCUUUGAUGUCAGUGGCUCAUACAUGCAUUCAAUUCGUGGGAGAUUUCCUGUGUUAAUAUGUGGCAAAUAUGUGAUCUCAAAUUUGUAAGGACUAUCCAUCUAUAAACAUCUGGUAUUUGCAUGUAAUUUGUUACUUGUCUUUGUAGGCUCUUUGUGUUUCAGAUUUCUUCUCAAGAUUAAGCUACUGCUGGGACCUCAGACUGUAAUUUCACUACAACUGACUUUUGUGCCACGGGUUCAAAUUUGCAAUUCACUUGUAUGGAUGAUAAACAAGGAAUUGUUUGUGUGUGUGGACAAGAGGAGAUCUCAGGAGACCGUCAUGGGUCUGGUUAGUUUACCGUUCAGGAAAUGUGUCUGUUUUUCAGUGUUAUUAAUAACUGAGGAGACCAUUGACUAUAAAGAACUUAAAGUACUGUGUUUGAAACUCUUGCCAAUUUUCUAAGACAUUAAAUCUAGUUCCAGUGUGAGAAGUAGAAUUAUUUAAUAGGAACUAGAUUUAAACAAUCCUUUUAAUUUAGUUGUUUAAAUAAUCAAUGUCUCUAACCCAGGGUUACUGUUGCCACUGUAUGUGCCCAACAUUCUGAAUAGUUGAGGGCACCAACAGCCUGAGAGGCAUCUGGUUAAGGCAUGAUGUGACAGUUGUUUUAACCAAGACAGUAGGAAUACCUGCAGCACUCAAAGGACUGAGUUCACCCCUAUUUCCCUAAUAACUGCCCCCCCAUUACACACAAAUCACCACCACUUUCUGAAACCAUCACCAAUGCUCAGAAUCAAGCUCAAGUUGAAGCUUGUUAGAGCCCCUCUUCUCACAGGAUAGAGGCUUGCUUCCCAAACCAGUGCCUUCUGUUCACACCUCAGCUACAUUCUUGUACCUAAUACAAGUAAUUUAAACAAUAUCCCAAUGGUUCAAAGAUUGAGGAGAAGACCAUGUUUAUCUCUAGUCUUUUUCAAUCCAGUUCUUCCUAAUUCUAAUGCAUAUUCCCAUUCCCUAUAGGAAUAACAAGCAUACGAAUCUCACCAGCUCUUUUCAUUGGGCACCAGAAGGAAAUUGGCAUCCUCAGCACAUCCAAUAUUGUUUGCAGUUUAGAUGUUAGGAAGGCACAGAUUGGCAGAUGUAGAAGGACAGUUUCAUUAGGUAGAGUCACUUUCCCCGUCUUUUGGUGGCUAUGUUCAAGUUGUUUUUUUUUUUUUUUUUCCCCUCUCUUCAUGCACAGUUCCUGUAAAAGUAUUGGGUGCAAGUCUUUUUAGCAAGGAUACUGAUAGGUAAAUUUGCCAUUGGAUAAUAAAUGUCUGCAAGCUAAAGAACUAGGUCAUAUACAUUAUUAGUCAGAAAGUGAAAAUUACAGAAUACCUGUGGGAUGUUUUAAGCCUCUCAGUGUCAUUUCUCACCUUGAGCUUCAGAUCCACUAAUUGGUAAUAAAUUUCCACUCUGGCACCCUAGAUGGCAGGCCACAGCUUAGUAAAGACAAGAAUGUCUUAUUGGAUUUUAAUGCACCAACAAACUUCAAGAAUUCCAGAAAUGACAGUGAAGGGAAAGAGAAGGGGAGUGGCAAUCAAAACAUACUUGUUUGCUACAGAAGCCUAUUUGCAUGAUAGUGCACUAUUUCUAUAACCUGGACUAGAACAUGGCCAUGUUCAAUGAUAGAGCUGUUAGGUUCAGUUGUAUAAUCUAAUACCAAGCAAGAAGGCAAGGAAAACUUGCCUCUCUCACAGCCCCAUCCCAUAUACAUAUACAGAUGUCCGGGACCUAAGUAUGAAGUCCACAUGGCUUUUACAAGGACCUUGCUAUAUGUAUUAUUUUAAAGGGGAGAGCAGAA